GUUUAAAAAAAGUGUUUUAAAAAUGUAACUCUAAUAGUGCUGAUGAAACAGUUGUAAAUUUACAAUUUAAUAAUAAUGAUAAUAAAUUAAGUUGGUUUUGCACUAAUAGUAACUGUAAAAGCUGAAGGUACAGUAAAUAUUUAAAGAUUUAAUCUAAACAUGUUAAAGCAGGUAAAGCUAAUGAAGGCCUACGUGCUUUGCUUCACAUCGCUUCACACGUGGAAGACACGUUGUUGCGUCUCCUCCUUAUUUACGUACGUUUAAAAUGAAUCUGGCUGCAGAGAUGAUGCAGCUCGUCGACUACACAACAUCCGCCAGGAAAUGAGUUAACCAGCGCUCUCUUUUUAUCACAGAGAGCGUUCGUGCAACAGCGUCUGCCACAUUUCAUCACUGCCUGCUCUUAAACCACCUACUUCUCUGUCAGAAAGAUAUACUGGAGCUUUCAGCAGUGGAGCUCGAGCAACAGGAGAAACUGAGAGAAAUCAACCUGAAAAGCAACCAUGCAGAAGAUGGAAGAUGCCAGCAAGAGGAACAGGAUGACGUGUCAUUUGCUGUUCUGCGUCUGCACGGCCGCCAUUGGCUCCCUGCAGUUUGGCUACAACAUUGGAGUCAUUAACGCACCGUAUAAGAAAAUACAGGCCUUUUUUAAGAAUGCGUCUCUGGAGCGCUACGGCCAGGCCAUGGAUGACUGCACUGUUUCUAACCUGUGGAGCUUCGCUGUGGCCGUGUUCAGCGCUGGAGGCAUGGUCAGCUCCGUCUUUGUAGGAGCACUGGUCAACAAGUUCGGGAGAACUAAGUCCAUGCUGCUGAGUAAUACCCUGGCUCUGAUUGGUGGAGCUCUGAUGGGAUUAGCCAGCGCUUGCCGCUCGUAUGAGAUGGUGAUCUUGGGUCGGCUGGUCAUCGGUCUGUUCUGCGGACUCUACACCGGUCUGACCCCCAUGUAUGUGGGGGAACUGGCCCCCACGGCCCAGCGGGGAGCCUUCGGCACUCUCCACCAGCUGGCCAUCGUCAUCGGCAUCCUCAUAGCUCAGAUUUUAGGUUUGGAGGUCUUGCUGGGCUCUGAGUAUCUGUGGCCGCUGCUGCUGGGUCUGACCGCGCUUCCCGCUGUACUACAGAGCGUGAUGCUGAUCUUCUGCUCUGAGAGCCCCAGAUACCUGCUCAUCAACCUGAAGCAGGAGGAAGAGGCCCGCAGGAUACUGGUGCUUCUCCGUGGGCAAGAGGAUGUUGAGGAUGACAUUCGGGAGAUGAAGGAAGAGGCCGACAAGCUCAACCAAGAACAGAAAGUGUCCAUCCCAGAGCUGUUCCGCAACCCCAUCUACAGGCAGCCCAUCAUCAUUGCAAUCGUCAUGAACGUCUCUCAGCAGUUCUCUGGCAUUAAUGCUGUAUUUUAUUACUCUACACAAAUCUUUAAGAGCUCGGGGGUCAGUGAGCCCAUUUACGCCACUAUAGGAACUGGCAUCAUCAAUACAGUCUUUACUGUGGUUUCUCUGUUUCUGGUGGAGAGAGCAGGACGGAGGACGCUGCAGAUGUUUGGGCUGGGUGGGAUGGCCAUAUGCGCUCUGGUCAUGACCAUCGUUCUGCAGCUGGUGCUGGACCCCUGUGCACCACAAGAAGACCUGUGUGCGGCUCCAGUCGUGUGUAACGGAACAGUGGCGGUGACAUCAGACGCAUCGAGUAAAACCCCUGUAAUCAGUUACGUAGCGAUCCUGGCCGUGUUUGGGUUCGUGGCGAGUUUUGAAAUCGGGCCGGGGCCGAUCCCGUGGUUCAUAGCGACGGAGCUGUUUGCGCAGGAUGCUCGCCCGGCCGCCGUCGCAGUGGGAGGAUGCUCAAACUGGAUCUCCAACUUCUUGGUGGCCAUGUUCUUCCCCAUGCUACAGAGAGCGUGUGGACCGUACGUCUUCAUCAUUUUCCUCGUCCUCCUCCUCUUCUUCCUGCUAUUCACAUAUUUCCGGGUUCCUGAGACGAAGGGCCGGACCUUUGAGGACAUCGCCAGCGGAUUCGCCAAAUCGUCCGCUCCCGCCAAUCCCGCCCCACUGGAGGGAGGGGACACUCUCCCCGUUUCACCCACAACAGAGAAAGUGCCGAUGGUGGAGUUUCCUCCACAGGAAGCUGCCAAUAAUGUACCAAACGCAUAGAACCGCACCCAGAGAGACUCUCCACACUCUCCACAGACAUCCACCAAUCACCAGCGAGCAGCUCGCCCUAAUCCAGAGAAGACCAAAGAAGAGAUUGUGGACCUCGGAUCAGGUGAACACCAGCCGAUACUUCACCAGUAUCUCAGUCAUAACAACUUUGUGAACAUCAGCCUGGGGUGCGUUUCCCGUACAACGACGGAGCCUAGCAUUGAACUAACGUGGUACGAUGCAUCGUUAAACUAACUAACAUCUGAAGUACGACCGUUUCCCGAAACCAUCGUACUUUCUUGGUACCACAGAAGUCUGAACUAUGUUGGUUUGAACCACCGUGGUCUUAACUAAGGUGUUUCCAGAUGUGUUCGGCCAGACUUUCCCAGCAGAAAACGUGCAAAACUCACAAUCUUUAAAAUAUUAUGCCAAAAAUAUGUUACUAAUGUAUCAUUUAGGCUAUUUAUAUUGUAAUUAUCACCAGAACAUAACGGACAACAAUACUAUUGAUAAAAUAACAAUGAACUGCAAGUAAAAUGUAGACAAUAAUUGCUAUAUAUUCAUUAUUAUUUGUAACAGACAGUGUUACUUAAAAAAAAACAUACACAUAUUUGCUAUUGCAAUAUUUUUUUUUAAAUAAAAUAAUCACCAUUCUGAAGAAGUCUUAUUAAAAUGAGACAUGAGAAAUGUGUUACUCAGUGGUUCAGCAGAGCGCCUACGACGUGCAGCGCGCGGUGUUCUGUCGAAUUGUGCAACCCAUCGAGAUGUGCUUCUCAACACCAGCGCCCAUGCAUGGAAACAUUUUUUAUUUAUUUAUUGUUUUUUUAUGGUAAUUCUGUUAUUUUGGUUGCAUUAAACAACCAGAAACCCCUUGCCAUUAUUUCAGAGUAUUACAAAUGCGUAAAUGACAGCUGAUGAUAAUGAAAGUAAUUAUAAGUUAGCAAUAAUAAAAAAAUAAGGUUUAUAAUCACCCUAAUAACCCAAAACUGUCUCCUGAUAUUUUGAUUCAGGCUUUCCAAAUAUUCUACCGAAAGCAUGUUUAAAUAUGGGGCUUUUUCUAGCAAUUUUAUAUUUAAAAAUUAAAUAUGCACUAGGAUAAUACGGUUUGACAGGGUAGCAAAACUCGACAGACACUGGAUGGAAGCCUAGUUCGAAUCCCAGUCGUGGUUUUAUUCUCUUAAUGUUUUAUUUCAUAAUGGCAAUUAAUGUUAUUAUUUUUUACAUAUAUAUUAAUGUAGCCUACAUAUUUCUACGUAUUUCCUGUAAUAUAUUAUUUAACAAAUACUAAUUGAUAACAUUUGUAUAGGCCUAGAAACACGUUGUAUUGGCUAAAUAAUACAUUUUCUUUAUUCACACUCUGUCUGGCCCUGUUACCUCCAGAGGAUAAUUAGGUAAUUCAAAACACCUGCUUAUUGCAUAUCUUAUUCACAGAGUGCAUAUAGCACAGUGGGUUUAAAAAAAUAAUUAUUAACUAUUUCAUAAAUGUUCACAGCACAAGUUAUCUUUACUCAAGAGAUGCCUGCUUGAAUAAUUGACAUACAUCUUUCCAAGACUGUAAAAUACAUUUUAGCUAAAGAGCACUUCUCUUUUCACUACACUGAAUUCAUGUUUGCCAAAUAAAGCUAAAUGUUAAAGACAUACAUUAAAAAAAGGACUGAAUUUUAUUAUUUUACCUGGGCGCACAUUGGUAAAAGUGAAGUGGCUCAAUUAAUGUAAUUAACACAAACAUUAAAAAAAAAUAGGUACACUUGAUAUCUUAAAUCCUCGUGCAGCAAUAUUAAUGUGAUUUAUCAGCUUUCUGUAUCCUACCGUCCAUCGUCUGCACUAACCACCAGGAACUAAGCUCUUAACGACAGGUCAAGAGCUGUAGUUGGAACGACGCAGCUGAACCACGGUAGUUGCGAACAUUCGCUGGAACUACGGUUCUGGGAAACACCUGAGUAGCUUAACUAAGGUUCGCACUAUGCAAGUUACUAACGUGGUUACCUCCAUAGUUCCAACCACGCUUUUGGGAAACACCUGCGUCGCAGCUGCAUCGUCCAGACUAAGUAAGUUGCUAACGUAGUUAGCAACUACGCUUUUGGGAAACGUACCCCUGAUCAGUUAUAGGACAAUCAAAAUUAAUAGUCCAAUCAGUAUAUCUCUGACCUCAAGAAAUUUCAAAUUUAUCACAAUUCUAUUUUAUUAUAAAGUUUUAAUUUUUUUUAUUUAAAAAAGUCUUUACACACAUUUGGUCAUGUUACUCCCACAAACCUAAUGUAUUUUAAUUGGAUUUUAUAUGAUAAAACAAGUAAAUAAGUAAAUAGUAAAAUUGUUUGCACCUCUCGCUGCAGUUACUGCUUCAAGUCCUCUAACAGCUUUGCACAUCUAGAGUCUGAAAUUUUUGCCAAUUCUUCUUUGCAAAUCAACUCAAGCUUAGCUCAUGCUCAGGUGUGGAUCUCCGCAGCUCCUCCAGAGUGACCAUGGUCCUCUUGACUGGUUCUCUAAUAAGUGCACUCCUUUCCUGGGAGAUGUCAGUUUGGGUGGAUGGCCAUGUCUUGGUCUAUCACAUUAAAAUCCAAUAAAAUACAUUUAAAAUACAUUUAUUUGCCAAGUUUUGUGGGAUUAUCAUGGAAACAAAAUAUGCAUAACAAAAAAAUAGGCAUAACAACAUGUAAUUGUGGGAACUGUAGUGAAUCUGGUCCAGCACUCUUAUGAAAUGUUGCACCUUACUUUUCAUUUAAUAUAUUGAUAUUUAUUAUUUAAGAUAUGAUUGUCAUAUAUAUUUAUGAUAUGAUUUGAAUACUAAUGAUAAUUUAAUAAUUUAUCUUAGGUUGUACAACCCCAGUUCCAUAAAGGUUGAGACACUGUGUAAAAUGCAAAUAAAUGUAUAGUUUUGUAAUGUUUAGGUUAAUAAAGGUGUAGCUAUAAUACAUUGGUCUAGUGUUGUUAGACCUAGAGAUAUACAGUAUUUACAGCAUCUGUUACUGACUGAUGUUUAAUUACAGGGAGAUUUUAAAUUUAUGCCAGUUAUUCAUUUAUUCAUUGAUACUUCUUAGCUAAUUCUCAAAUGAAUUUUACAGUUUAAAAUACUUUAAUGAUAAUUGUGAUUAAAUGUGAUCCAUUGGCACUGAGUGGUCCAGCGGUCUAAAGUGCUGCCACUAGGAGCGUGAGGUCGCAGGUUCGAACCCCCACUAAUGCAGCUUUGCUAUCAAGCUGCCGGCGCUCAGAGGGAGCACAAUUGGCCCUGCUCCCUCCAGGUGGGUAGAUGGCGCUCUCUCCCCACAUCACUCCAAAGGGUGAUGUCCACAGCACAGGGCGUCUGUGAGCUGAUGUAUCGGAACCGAGUUGCUGCGCUUUCCUCCGAGUGCGCUGUGAUGCUGCUCGGCAAUACUGCAUCUGUAGCAGCUCAAAAAGAAGCGGUGGCUGACUUCACAUGUAUCGGAGGAAGCAUGUGUUAGUCUUCACCCUCCUGAUGUGUUGGGGCAUUACUAGUGAUAGGGGGAGUAGUAAUGAGUGGGUUGGGUAAUUUGCCAUGUAAAUUGGGGAGAAAAUGGGAAAAAUUAGAAAUAAAAAAAUGUGAUCCAUUUAAAUUAUAGUGCAUGUAAUUAAUUAUAUUAGCAGUACUAUUAAAAACCUCAAAAAUAAAAUGGGAUUUGCCAAAAAUAAAUAAAAAUUUAUUUCAUAGGUCCCUAAUAGUCUCAUAUUUUAUUUACCAUACAGCAAAUAAAAUAUGAGACUAUUAGACAGAGAAAUCCCUGUGUGUGAGAGACGAGGGCGGUGGUCAGUAUUGGAUGCUGGUUAUGGUUGGGCCCUCAGAAAGAACUGCAUUAAAUACAAUCUGUUAUGAUAUUGUACCGGAAAUCACUGUGUUCUUAUUUUGCACUUUUAAUUACAUUUUACACAGCAUCCCACCUUUUUUUGAAAUUGGGGUAUUUAUCUUUUUUACUGUGUUAAAGGUGUUAUAUCACAAUUACAGCAGAUUAACCCCACUCACCAUGACUUUGCCAUGUCAGAUGGAAGUUAAAGAAUGCUGCAGUGAUCUGUGGAUAUCACCGACACACACUAUACAGUACACUGUGGAUGCUAAUGCCCUCUAUGAAGUUAUCUCGGUGCACACAUGACACUGUGGAUCAAAGAUUGUUAAAAACACCGGCACAACUCCGGAAAUAGAAAGUCCCAUCCAUCUCUACCUACUAUCAAUCAGACCUCUCUUCAAUUUCCAUAAUACACCUCACCUUGCCAUGAGCACAGCGGCCAGUGUUCACUUCUCUCACCACAUUUUAUCUCCUCAUCUCCCAACUUUUACAGGUAUCUGUCUCUUGAGGUAGCAAUUAUGGAUCACAUUACAUACUGCUGUCUCAUGACUUUUGGCAUGUCAGUGUGCAGACACAGUGUAGAUAUAGUUAGAUAAUUAAAAUAUGAUAUAAAGAAUGUUGUGCUUUUGUCAGUUCAAACUAAUACUGAUACUUUAACAUUAUACUUUAUUGUACAUUUUUAUAUCAAAUCAUAUGUUGAGAUGAGAUGAGUUUUAUUUAAUCGUAUUGCCUUUUGAAUGAGCCAAAAUACAUGAAAUGAGAUUAUUGACAUGCAUCAGUCAAGGUUAAACAGUUCUGUAAAAAUGAUUAACUUAACUUAAAGUUUUUGGUUCACUUAAAAUAAUAUAUUUGGGUUAUCAUAUAUAAUAGGUGACUAUUUUUUAUAUUUUUUCAUGUUUUAUCAUUUUUACGUUUUGUAUGUUCAUUAUAAAUAAAUAAAGAAGUACUUGUUUA